AUGUUUAUUGAACAAAACAAGAUGAAAAGGCAAAGUCAGUUGCUUUUGCAAAAUUCUGCUCCAGAUCAACAGCUUUUGAAGGCUUUGGAUGACAAUGCUAAGCUAACCCAUACAUUAGAAGAAGAGAGGCUUCAACACCAACAAAAGAUCAAAGAAUUGGAAGAGCAGCUAGAGAAUCAAGCACUGCAUAAGGAGAUUAGUCGUCUUAAACAGCAACUAGAACUUUUGGAAGAAGAUAAAAAGGAACUAGAGCUUAAGUGUCAGAACUCAGAAGAAAAAGCUAGAGACCUAAAGCAUUCAGUUGACGAACUUCAAAAACGAAUACAGCAGUCCGAAAAUCCAGCGCCACCUCCUCCACCGCCGCCGCCUCCUCCUCUUCCUCCUCCCCCUCCUCCUAACCCUAUACGGUCUCUCAUGUCAAUGAUUCGCAAGAGAUCUCACUCCAACACCAACGUGAGCAAGAAGGAGAAACCUCCUCAGCAGGAGUCAGGUGAAGAAGUUACGGAUCUGAAGAGACAAGCUGUUGAAGAAAUGAUGGACAGAAUUAAAAAGGGAGUUCAUCUGAGACCAGUCAAUCAGUCAAGCAGACCUAAAACAAAGCCAGAAACACCAAAGCCCUCUGAAAGCGCAAUGAAAGAAUUAAAAGGAAUUCUGGAAACAUUGAACAAAUCCACUAGUUCCCGAAGCUUGAAGUCCCUUGAAACAGACAGCAGUGAAACAGAGCUGGAACGAGUUCUGCGACGUCGGAAAGUGACCACUGACCAGGACAGUGGCAGUCCCACUGGAACCUUGGCCACAUCAGAGUCAAAAUCUCUGCCCGUGCUGGGGUCGGGAGCCAGUGCCGCGCAAACAGCGUUGAACAAGAAAGACCUGGAGACAGAAUUCCCUUCCAAAGUACCCGACUCAGGCCCUGUUUCUAGCCAGCUUAAGGGUGUUACGGGCUCCAAGCCUGCACCACAAUCAACUAGUCAUACAGAAUUUACAAGAAAAGCUUCUAGCAGUGAAAAAGAGACAGAAUCCAUUGUGGUUUUAGAUCCCGUUUCCACCGGUGGGGAUCAGACGUCUGAAAACACGCUGAAUCCGAACAAAAUGAAAGAAGAAAAAAGCAGGCCGCUGCAUAAAGAAACUGAGAAAAUAAAAGAAACAGACAGUUCUAACUGUUAA